AUGGGGACCAGCAGGGACCACCACCAUCGGAUGAAAGCAGAAUUUGGACUUUUACUUUUAUUGGCUCUGCUUCAGACCGGGACCGGGCAAUCGUGUUCAGCUCCGGAUAAUGUGUCAAUUGAUGAAAACAACGAAGUGGGGGCAGUGGUUGUCGUGAUCACCAAUCCAGACGGCGUGACCCUCGAAUACUUAACCCCAGAGCAUCCGUUCAGGCUGGAGGGAAACACGUUGGUGGCUACUGAGUCUCUGGACGCCGAAUCGAUCAGAACUUACAUAACACAAAUUGGAUGCGGUGAACAGAGAUUAAGAAUCAGUGUUUCAGUGCAAGGCGUGAACGACAACCCUCCGACGUUCGAUAAGGAGCUUUACACGCUAACCGUCAAAGAGAUGACUCCUGUAGAAACCGUUGUGGGAACAAUCAUCGUAACAGAUCCAGACAUUGAGGACACACACAUCUUCACUCUCUCUUCAACGGAUCUCUUCAAAUUGAAAGUUUUUGGCAGAGAAGUAGACCUUGUUGUCGCCAAACUAAUCGAGUAUGACGACUUUCCAAAGGUUCAGCUGACCCUGACUGCUAAGGACUCACUCUUCAGCGCCUCCACCAAAAUAGACAUCAUCAUCGAGGACGUGGACACGCGGCCGCCGUGGUUCCAGCCCUGCCCCGUGACAGUGGUCCAAGGGGUCAAGAUCUGCCCCAACACUGGCUACAGCGGAGUGGUGGAUCUGGGAGAGAAGGAGGAAGGACCAUUAUCUCUGAAACCCAAUCAUAUUUGGGCCUUCGAUGGCGACAGAGGUCUCAACGAGCCGGUCACAUACUCCAUCGUCAGCGGGAGUGAAGACGCAUUCCAGAUUGACCCAGUUAAUGGAAACAUCACAAUGCUGAAAGCUGUGACUGUGGAAAAGACCAUUGUCAUGACCGUACUGGCCUCACAUGCGAAAAACUCGUUCCAGAUGGCAACAACCAGUCUGAUGAUAAAUGUGGUGGCUAAGAGUGUUCAUGAGCCCCAGUUUGAGAAGCCGCUGUAUGAAGCCUUGGUGGAGGGAGUGGGGACGAUGGCCGUGGACGCUGCAGACAAAGACAAGCUGCUGAUCGUACGCGCGUUAGACCAGGACUACGCUGUGGAUGGGGGUAUAAAUCCUAAUAUCGUCUACACCAUAACGGGAAGCACCGCAUUCUCUCUUUUUAAUGGAUAUUUGUUCAUGUCCACGGAGGUCGCUGAAGGACCGUAUGAGCUGGAAGUCAAGGCUGAAGACAAGAAAAACCCGGGGACAGCCACAACUCGAGUCUCUGUGGAGGUGGUGAAAGAGCCCACCACUACCACUCCCCCUCCAACUACAACCUCCAUACUGACCAAUGCAACUAGCAACCCAACCUCUGUGGCUACGGACCCCAGCACCGGACCCAGCACCGGACCCAGCACCGGACCCAGCACCGGACCCAGCACCGGACCCAGCACCGGACCCAGCAUCGGACCCAGCACCGGCGUUACCCCUGAUCCAACACACAACACCUCAAUGACUCCCACCCCUACCCCCGUCAAGACCACCCUGGGAACACCUGAAACAUCCAACCCUGGACCAACCCCUGGUCCAACCUCUGGACCAACCCCUGGAGUCACCACGGCCAGCACAGCGCACACAGCCAUCCCGGUCGGGGGCUUCACGUCGGUGGACAUGGCGGCUCUGGGGGCUUCUCUGGGGGUUCUUCUGUUCGUCUCCAUCGCGGUCAUCGCCGUCCUCUUUGUGAAGAUCCGUAAAGGGGACGUGGCCUGGAAGAAGAUCAACGAAGCCAGUGUCUUCAGGAGCGCUCUGGGCUCCUCCGGUCAAAAAGGAGGCGUCCAAUACACAAACGAAGCUUUCCAACACGACGACAAAGACGACAAAGGAGGUCCGUCAGGAGGUGGUCAGCAGAGCAGCUCGGCCCCGUCAGAAAAAUCCCAGCCCAGAGUCCUCCCCAGACCCCCGUCGCCCAUUCAGGAGGAGGAGAAGGAGGUCAAGCCCAUUCUCAGCAAGGACAAACACAAAGAGGACGGCUACAAAGCGGUGUGGUUCAAGGAGGACAUCGACCCCAACGCCAAAGAGGACGUGGUGAUCAUCGAAGGGCGAGCUGAGGAGGAGAACGAGGAUGAGGAGGAUGAGGAGGAUGAGGAGGGAGGGAUGAAGGCGCCAAGAGUCAAGUUUGGUGAUGCGGAUGGAGACAGCGGACUUGGGGAUAAGCUGGAGGAGUCUGAUGAGAAGGUUAUGACAUCCAGUCUGUGA